CCCUCCGCAACCAUAAGGCAUGCCAAAGUAAUCCCCCUGCGGCAAAACGUGCUCUCCGUCUGCUGCACACCUCGCAAAAACAAACACGGCUCCGACUUUGCUUUAGGGGCUGGUCCACGUCCACCCCUUUUUCAGGGAGGCAGGGGGAGCGCGCCCUUCUGUUGCUCCUGAGCGGAAAGCCCGGCAUACUCCUCUUCCCUUCACUCUUUUGAAGAAGAAAAAAAAAGCCCGCUCUUUUUAAACGCCGAAGGAGUCUUCUGUGCUUUCUGGAGGCCGGCCGGGCAGACUGGUGGUGAACUGAAAUAGCCUCUUUGUCGAGUGACUGACUCAUGACGCGCUGGCCGUCUUGCAAAGAAAGAGACCUGAGAUACACCGGUGUUACUCCCUUGCCCGCCGCCCAAACUGUCUCCAUAGGCCUUGAAAAGCCUCUCUCGCCCACGAUAUUUGAAAUCCAACUGAAACUGCCCAAGUCCCAAGAGGCUGUCUGCAUAGAAAGUCUUGAUACGGUCUGGGAAUGUGUUCCCAAAAAUCUGGUCCGAUAUGAAGUCCUCGUCAGCCUGUUCUUUAUACAUUUGAGAGUUGACAAACUUCUCACGUGCCACCAGAGCAGUGUAAAGUGUUAGAAAGUAUUUGUAGACUAGACCUGUGUUUCUGUGUGCCUCACUGAACAAAUUGAAGCAUUCCAGACACCUUCAUUCCACAAUCUCCCUUUUUCUUCCAGAUUGUUGUUGUACUGUAUUAUAGCAGACUGGCUCUGGAUCACAAGAUGUGCUACUAUUGCUGGCCCAGUUUAUUUGAUCUUGUGUUCCUCUUGUCUGAUGUCACAGUCAGCGGGGUAGAAAGACCUGCAGCAAGGUCUUUCUGACUACUCAUAUCCACCUUGAAUAGAUCAGCUUUGUUUUUGUUUUUCCCAGCACCUAAUAUCAGCUUUUUCUUUCUUUUCCCUUUUUGGUUUUUUGCUUUUAAACCCCAUCUUUGUGUUUUAUUUUUAUUCAUUUUUAUUUUUACAUUUUAUUUCCCACUCUUCCUCCAAGGAGCCCAGAGCAGUGUACUACAUACUUAGGUUUCUCUGCACAACAACCCUGUGAAGUAGGUUAGGUUGAGAGAGAGGUGACUGGCCCAGAGUCACCCAGCUAGUAUCAUGGCUGAAUGGGGAUUUGAACUCGGGUCUCCCCAGUCCUAGUCCAGCACUCUAGCCACUACACCAUGCUUUCCUCUCCAUAACAUGAAUAUUUCUUUUGGAUGUGCCAAAGCCUCUCAAACCAAAUUCUGCCCCAAAUAUUUGAUGCCUUAGAAAACCCAACAUUUGAUUUACAGCAAAAAACAAACAAAACUAGUCAGCAGCACCACUCAGCGUCCAACCUUCUACAAUAAACCAUGAAAGAUGUUGGGGUGGGUGGGAACCAGCACUGGCCAAAAUAUUUGCUCCUUUUGGAAAAUGCUAAUUCUUUGUGCAAUGUUAAAAAAACUGAAAGCUCCCCCAAAUUCUGGAGAAAACAAAGUGAAACGUUCCCAUACCAAAGAAGUGUGGUGUUGGUAUAGGCAUGUGUGUAUCCUGCUUAGCAAACUCUGAGACAGACUGGUUAAAUUGCUUUUUUGGCCCAAAUCUGCUCUUAAAAAGCCAAACGGGUAAAAGUACGCCACCACUCAGAGACCAAAAGAAAGGCAGAUAUAUCCAGCCCAUCCCCCAGAUUAAAAAGAAUAGCUGGAUCAUCAGUCCUAAAAAGCAAAAUCCCUCUCCCAAGAGUGUUAUAAAAGAGAGGCAAUGCCUCAGCAAAUGAAAAUUCUUCCUUCCCAAAUGACAUUUUCUUUUAUUUCUCAAAUUUCUAACAUUUCAGUAACCUAGAACUUCAGCUUUUAGAAAUACAACUUGGACAUCCAAAAGGGGCUGGUAUGGGGCAAAGGAAAUAUGAAUAUAAUAACAAAUAUAAUAGAUGAGGUGUCUCACUUUCAAGUCAGAGGAAUUCCAGUACAUGCUCAGUGCCCUGAAGAAACAAGGGAAAAUAGCAAAAAAAUUUAAAUUGCAGAGUCAACAUACUGCAGCCUCCACAUCCACUAUUGUCGCUGUUGCCUUGGGCGUGUGUGAAUCCAGGAGUCUAGAAAAACGUCAUAACUGUAAUGUAAACCUAAAAGUGUGUCACAGAGCAACUACUGCAGAACAAGGGAAAAACAGGAAAGACGAGAUGAAUGCUUCUGGAGGAAACUGUGGAAGUCCCAGUUCUGCAGAACCUACUACUGACUAUUUCAAGGAACUGUGGUCCAAACUAAAGGAAUGUCAUGAUAAAGAAGUCAAAGGAUUACAGUCAAAGAUCUCCAAAUUGAAAACAGAAAGGUGCUUGGAUGCUGAGAGGCUUGAAGAGUUUUAUACCAAAAACCAGCAACUUAGAGAGCAACAGAAAGCACUGUGUGAUACUAUUACAGUUUUAGAAGACCGUUUAAGAGCAGGAUUGUGUGAUCGUUGUGCAGUAACUGAAGAGCAUAUGAAGAAGAAACAGCAGGAAUUUGAGAAUAUUCGGCAACAGAACCUUAAACUGAUAACUGAACUGAUGAAUGAAAGAAACAACUUACAAGAUGAAAAUAAAAUGAUUUCUGAACAACUUCAGCAGAUGCAGCAAAAGAUAAAAGAGCAAGAGCAACAUACAGAAACGUUUAUUCCAGAUUCACCAGUUCAGCCGCUUCCAUUUUCGCUUAUUAAUCGAAUACGUCGAAAACGAGAGAAUAGACAUGUCCGUUACACGGAACAAAGGUGUACAAGUUCGGAACAGAUGGGAAGAACUAAUGAGCUUGGGAAAGUUACACUGUCAUCCACUCAAAAGCAUGUCUGUUCCAGGGAAGAAAUAUUGGUGGCGGAUACCUGUGAUCCACAACUGUCAUCACCAGUGUCAAAUGAAGAAAGGACUGGAGAGUGCCCUGCUACAACAUCACCUUUUAAUUUGGCUGCAGUUGUUGCAGAAACACUAGGACUUCAUGAACCUGUGCUUCAGAACAAACAGGGAAAUUCCAGAAAACAGCUUGUCCAUGAAUUACCAAGGAGCAAUAGUGACAAUUUAGGUUUAUCAGAUCCAUCUGAGAACACUCCUCCAUCUAUAGAUUUGGAUUCUAAAGUACCUUCUCCUGUUUUUGGAGCAUCUGCAAAUGUGAAGACCGCCUUAGGCCUGAAUACAAGUCUUUCACCUUCGGUAUUAGCAACAGGACGGAAGUCAAAUCUGAAGAUCAACCCCAUCAACAAUUCUUCCCGUAUUGGAUCAGAGAAAGUGAGAUCAAAAUCUGAAGAUGUUGCUUUUGUUGUACCACUUAAUCUUGGGACUGAAAUCACCUCUGUAAUCAGUCAGGCUCCUGCUAGUAGGCAAGUAGCUCUGAAACAGAAUGCAGAUGAGCUCAUAACAUGUGUAACUAACACACUUUCAGAUAAAGAAGAGAUAAUCAAAAGUGACUUCCUUCUUGCUUCACAUAAACCACUAGGAAACAGAUGUCCUAAAAGGAAGAAGUUUGAGGAGAGGAGUGGUCAUGUCAUUAGCUGUGAAAAAGAAAACGCUCUCCCUUCCGAAGCAGAUAUUCCUAAUGCUAUCAAUAGGGAUAAUUCAACUGAUAAGCCUUUAGACCUAUCCGAUCGCUUUUCUGAUUUUCACUCUCAAGAGAAAAGCCACAUGAAUGCAGAGACUUCCAAAACCAGGCUGAAACAGGCAACUCUCCACGAUGUUUUCCAACCACUAAUGAAAGAUAGUAAAACUAUCAGUAGUGGUUACUUAAUGAGCAACGAUUCACAAGAAGAACCCUGUGUACAGGAAGCAAUCCUGAAAUCUCUCAGCAAAGCAUCCCCAGAGAGAAAAACUUCAGUACAAAUAAAAGAAGUCGCUGACUUUUGUAAUCCCCCAUUGCAAAAUUAUAUCCUGGAAUCAUACCUCUCUGAAGACAUGAAGGUUGGUGGUAUCCAUGAUCCGUCAAGUAAAAUAAGAACAGGACUUGAAGUGGGCGAACCAGCUUCUGUGCUGCAACCAAAUCCUUGCAGAGUGACAAAACACACACAAUUCAAUAAACAAGAUGAACCAUCCUUAGAAAGUGUGCAUUGGAGUAUAGACCCGGGAGCAGAGCUUUCCCAGUACAAAAUGGACGUUACACUGAUAGACACAAAAGAAAGCACCCAAUCAAGAACUGCAGCAGACACUGUGGACAUGGACUAUACAUACAUCAGUGAUAGCAUUCUGUUGAGAAUGAAAAAUCAAGAACAGAAAGAAGCAAACAGUCCAAAAGGAGAGAGAAGUAAGCAUGAUACCUUAGCAGAAAUAUUUGAUCGAACAUCACAUGAAGAAUAUGAAUCCUAUUUAGAAGAUGACAAUCGGGAGUCCCCUCAGGAAGAACAGGGGGAAAAUAAGGAACAGUCAACAGUAAAGAAAAACAUAGAGAGACAUGUAGACAAACAAGAUAAAACCAAACAGAAGGCUUUUGUGGAACCAUAUUGUAAAAAUGAUGAAAGGAAGCAUACUAUAUUAGAUUUUCCUCAUAUUGAGGUUGUCCGUAAGAGAGAAGAAAGAAGAAAAUUACCUGGCCAUGCUUGUAAAGAAUGUAAAAUAUAUUAUGCAGAUUUGCCAGAAGGAGAGAGAGAAAAGAAGUUAGCUGCCUGUUCAAGGCACCGAUCUCGCUACGUUCCUCCUGACACGCCUGAAAAUUUCUGGGAAGUUGGCUUCCCUUCCACCCAAAUGUGUGUUGAAAGAGGCUAUAUAAAAGAGGAUCUCGCUCCCUGCCCACGACCUAAAAGAAGGAAGCCUUAUAAUGUGAUGUUUUCUCCAAAAGUUAAAGAACAAAAAAUAUAACUGAGAAAUAAAAUAAAAAUUGAGCAGCAAAUACUUUGUAUAACCAGUGGGAAAGGAGAAUAAAAUUACUGUAAAAUGGCGGGUAUUUUCACCCCUAAUAAUAAUAUGAAAAUAAGGGAUUAACUUCCCUCUUAAAAAUAAUUAGAAAAUCAUGAUUCCAAAAUACGUGUAUAUGUGUAAAUAAAUAUUUUGCACCUUUGUAUAUGUGUAAAUAAAGAUUUUGCACCUUUUAGUAUGGAGGACCUGUUGCUGUAGUUCAGAUCUCUGCUGGUUAUAUUCAAUCUUGAUGUAACUUGAUGUGACUUUUUGGGGGUCUAGCAGUAGCAAAGUUGCAACUUCUCAUUUCAGGUCUAGAAGAUUUCCGUGAAUUUUAAGUGGAACUUUAGAAGGUGCUUCCAUUUUGCAAUGGAUAACUUAAAGAAUGUGUAAUCACUUUUGUUUUUUGUAAAAAUUGUUUAAGAAAUAAACAUGUUUUCUAAAUUUGGA